GAGCGAAACUCCUUCCUGAACCUCUUGCGGGCCUCCCCAGGCCUCUGGUGACCGCUGUGGCUCGGCGCCCAGGGAGGACUUGUGUGGCCAGAGGUCCCAAGUGAGCCAGGAAGAGGCUGGAGAGAAGGAAGCCAGGCGGGCCUGGGCUUUGGGACAGCUUUGGGUGCAGUCGCUCAGAAUCAGCCAUUAGGGGGCUCCCAGCUGUACCUCGCCUUUCGGGCCCCACCCUGAGAGAGGCUGGGUUAGUGCCCGGGACCCUGGUUGCUGGCUUGCCUGGGCAGCCUUGGUUUAGGCCUGUUGACCUGACGUGCAGCCGCCACCAUUUUACACUGAGAAGCGUCCCUGUUGGGGACACUCUAAGGCCUUCUGCUCAUAGUUGUGAUCCUCGCGGUGAAUGGAGUCUCCAGGAGGGAAAGUCCUUCCAGGGCCUCAGAUCCUAUGGCUGGUGUCACUCCUCUGCUAAAAAGCAGGGGAGAGUGACCUGUCAGCAGCAGGGUAGAUGUGGGUUCCCAGCGGCACCCCAGGCCAGCGCUCCCCCUCAUCCACACGAUGGGAUUGUGAAGGCGGACAUUUCUGGGGCCUCCUGAGCAGCUUGCGCUCCGGAUGAUGGGUGACGACAGCCUCUCUGAACACCCGAAACCCAUGGAGUUUCUCAGCCUCUCCUUGGGAGACGACCUGCGGCCGUGCCCAGGAGCAGACCUGAGGGAGACGUGCGGCCAUCCUGACCCUCCCGAACCUUGUGCGGAACAGACCUGGUCCUCUGAGCCUCCAGAUUCCACGAAGCCAGAUGCUCCUCCCGGGGCCUCGGGCGCAGAGCCUGUGCACCUGGGGAGCGGCUCUUCCCAGGGGGGGCCCAGGCACAAGGCCGCACCCCCCGGGUCACCCAGGAGCAGCCAUCCUCUGGGGAGCCCCAGGCAGAGCCAGAGCACGUCCACCCAGGUGAUGUUCUGGGCGGGCAUCCUGCAGGCCCAGAUGUGCGUCCUGGACCUGGAGGAGGAGCUGGAGAAGACAGAAGGGCUCAGGGCUGAGCUGAGGUGCUGCAUCCCCACAGCCCCUGUGGAGCUCCCCGCCUUCCCCUCCAGCCCCGCAGGCCCCCGGGGCUCGGGCCUCCACCCCAGCUUGCCCACGGAGGAGGCCUCUGGGAGAGACAGCAGUGGGCCUGAGGGGGAGAAUCCGAAGCCCGUGUGGCCGAGGGAGGAAAGGCCGGACUCUUCCCCGGAGUGGGGUGCCGAGGAGGAGAGCGUCUUCUUCGACAACCCCCUCUUUUUGGAGAGCCCUUGCUCGGACACCAGUGCUUCUGGAGCUGGCUUUUCCUGGGGGUUCUCAGACUCUCACACAGAUGGGAGACCCGGGCCCCAGUAUCCCCAGACCCUGGAGCCCCCGCUCCCAGAAGGCGGAGUGCCAUGGGAGCUGGGCAGUGAGCCAGAUCUGGGGGUUGGCACGGCUGAUCGCAGCGGACACACCACACCUCCAUCCCCUGUGCCCACCUACAAACCUCACUUCUUCUCGUGGGCCGUGGCUGACACCACCGAGGGGACCCCUGAAGCACCUUCUGGCUGCGGGGAGAGCGAGACUUCUCUGGGAAACAGCUGUGACCCCACCGCGUCUGCAGCAUCCUGUGUGGAUAAAGCCUGGGACGCAGGACCUAGCCCCGCCAUACAUCCUGCAUUACCUUGGGCCCUGCCCAGCCCUGAAGGCUGGCAGACAGAAGAGGGUCCUUCCUGGCCCCGGGGGCCUCUUCUCUCCCAGGACAGAGGUGACAGUGAUGCUGAGUGUCCCCAAGAAUCUGCUCCCUGCACCUUGGCUCCUGGCUCCCCAGGGAGCCCAGCGUCUUCACCGGAACCUAGCAGCCCUGAGUCUGAGAGCAGAGGCCCUGGCCCCAGGCCCAGCCCUGUGUCCUCCCAGGAAGGCAGCCCGCGGCUCUGGGGCCCCCUCCAGGGCAGCAGUUUUCCCGAGUGGACACUAGAUGCUUCAUGCCCUUCACUCCUGGAGACAGAUGGGGCAAAGCCAAGUUUCCUGGAGAAAGAGGAGGCCAGAGACGCUCCAAACCCAGGGAAGGAAGUAAAGAGUGAAGGCCCAGCCAGGACUCCAGAGGCUGGAGCCGUCGUCCAGCCUGGUCCUCACUUGACUUCUACAGAAGGGCUUCCUGAGAGCCCCAUGCCCCAAGCACAGUCCCCCGAGGAAGGCCAAAGGCCACAGGCUGGAGACAAGCUGGCGAAUGGUGUCAGGACCGACAAGGUGGCCUGGAACUUGGCCUCUCGCCUCUAUCACCUGGAAGGCUUCCGGAAGUCUGAAGUGGCUGCCUACCUACAGAAGAACAAUGACUUCAGCAGGGCGGUGGCUGAGGAGUACUUGUCCUUCUUCCAGUUUGGAGGCCAGAGCCUGGACCGCGCCCUCCGGGUCUUCCUGCAGGCCCUGGUGCUCAGUGGGGAGACUCAGGAGCGGGAGCGAAUCCUCUACCAGUUCUCCAAACGCUUCCAUUACUGCAAUCCUGGGGCCUUCUCCUCAGCAGAUUCUGUACACACCUUGACCUGUGCCAUCAUGCUCCUUAACACGGACCUGCAUGGACAGAACAUUGGGAAGAGCAUGACUUGCCAAGAAUUCAUAACCAACCUGAACGGCCUAUGUGACGGCGGGAACUUCCCCAAGGAGCUGCUGAAGGCCUUCUACUGGUCUAUCCGAAGUGAGAAGCUUGAAUGGGCUGUGGACGAAGAAGACGCAGCCGGACCAGAGAAGGCCCAGCUGUCUCCCGCUGCGGGCAAGAUGAACAAGCCCUUCCUGCAGUUGGCCCAGAACCCCAUGGCACCCACCUACAAGCAGGGCAUCCUGGCCCGGAAGAUGCAUCAUGAUGCAGAUGGCAAGAAGACACCGUGGGGCAAGCGCGGCUGGAAGAUGUUCCACACCUUGCUUCGGGGGAUGGUUCUCUACUUCCUGAAGGGAGAGGACCACUGCCCUGCAGAGGAGAGUUUGGUGGGGCAGAUGGUGGACGAGCCCGUGGGGGUGCACCACUCGCUGGCCACCCCGGCCAUCCAUUACACCAAGAAGCCGCACGUCUUCCAGCUGCGGACUGCCGACUGGCGGCUCUACCUCUUCCAGGCACCCACUGCUAAGGAGAUGAGUUCCUGGAUCGCGCGCAUCAACCUGGCCGCCGCCACGCACUCGGCGCCGCCCUUCCCCGCAGCGGUGGGCUCCCAGCGCAGAUUCGUCAGGCCCAUCCUGCCUGUGGGCCCCGCACAGAGCUCCCUGGAGGAGCAGCAUCGAUCCCACGAGAACUGCCUGGACGCUGCCUCCGAUGACCUGCUGGAUCUGCAGAGGAACUUACCGGAGCGGCGCGGCCGCAGCCGAGAGCUGGAAGAGUACCGCUUGCGGAAGGAGUACCUGGAGUAUGAGAAAACCCGCUACGAGACAUACGUGCAGCUGCUGGUGGCCCGUCUUCACUACCCCUCAGAUGACCUGGACCUGUGGGAAGAGCAGCUGGGGAGGGAAGCCGGAGGCACUCAGGAGCCCAAGCCCAGCCUGAAGAAAUCCCACUCGAGCCCGUCCCUGCACCAGGACGAGGCCCCCACCACGGCCAAGGUGAAGCGCAACAUCUCAGAGCGCAGAACUUACCGGAAGAUCAUCCCCAAGAGGAACCGCAAUCAGCUGUGAAGCCGAUGCCACCACCCAGACUCUGGCCCCUGCUCGGGGUAGACCUGAGACCCCACGGAGGAGGCUUGUUUCAGUGGGUCCGUGGUGGGGGACGAGGCCUACCCCUUUCCCACGGAAGGACAACCCCCGUUCCCCUGUGGUCCUCGCUCCCUCCUGGGUUCACUGGAGCUUUCCCAAACUGCUGUGCCCACCCCCACGGCAGCCCCCAGCUGCCCUGGUCCCCAGUCACUUCCGAGGGAGGAGGGAGGUCCGGGGUUUGGCUGCACUCCUGUGUCACUCUCUACCCUUCCACAAUCCAGAGUGGCCACAUUUCUUGGGCCUGGGGGCAGCUUAGCACUCAUUUGAGCAUCGGAGUACCCCUGGGCUUCCAGAGAGAAGCUGGGGCAGAGGAAGCGUCUGGGCAGUCAAGUUAGGGGAGCCAUAGUCCUGAGGAAGAUCUUGCUCUGGGGAUCAGGUGACCUGCUGUGAGAGGUCCUGGGAGAACCCAGCCAGCCCCCGGUGACAGAGACCAGGGUUGCUCAGUGCCACCCCCUGACAGGUAGGCUUUUCGGGCAGGGACUCAGCUCAGUGAGGCUGACUCUGGGACCCUGGGCCUUUGUCUCCUACCCCCCGAUAAGCAUCCGUGCACCAGGGGCAAAUGAGACAGGCCCACGUCACACACCCCAUUGCUAAUCAUCGGAGCAGAGCCAAUGGUGGGCAGUGAGGGCCAGAAGGGGUUGGGGCCUCCAGAGCUCUGUGGAGAGGCCUGGGAACAAGGGGCCUUUGUUUCCCCAGAGUAGGGAAGGAGGUUCUCCAGGUUGGGACCUGAGAGACGCUGAGGGGCAAGAGGUGGUGUUGUACCCCUUGGGGGCUCUCUCGGAAGGAGCUUGUCUGAGGGCUGUGAGGGCCAGUGGAAGCCUGGCUCCCUCCCACACACCCCAUUCCUUGCAUUUCAUUCCCGAGGAGGGGCCCCAGGGUCCCUUCUGGGCCCCUCCCCCUCCUGCACCCUCUGCCCCCCUGCCAGCUCACAGGGGGCUUUGCUGCCCUCCCUGGGAAGUCCUCUUGUGCUGCCCUCUGGCUGCCUCCCAGCUGGGCUCUGGGGGAGGUUCCGGACACUCAGGGACCUCGGGCUCUGCCUGCGGGAAGGAGGCUGGGCUGGAGGAGCGGGCCACCAUUGUCUCUGUUCAGCCAAGUGUGCGAACAGGCCGCCGGCCAAGAGGGGCCUCUGCUGCCUGUCUGCCGCCUGCUGGCUGACGCGCUGCCUCUCCAGCCUUCCCGCGGUGGGGGGGGGGGCCCUCCUCCUGUCCUCGCUUGUCACCAGCCCCGGGACCUGAACUCUACCAAGUGGGGCUGGCCCCUGGGGACUGUGAGGGGUGUCUGGCCAGGGCCCAGGGCUGGGCCAGGUACCCAGUGGGCACACACUAAACGCAGGCCAGUAAAGAAGCAGGUGUGCGUGCCUAUGUGAGGAAGGGGAGGGCCAUCCUAGGACACACCUGUGCCUAAGCGUGUCUGCGUGUGAAUGCGUAGGUCUGCGUGCAUGUGUGUGGGACGCAGUCACACAUUUAUAGGCUGUCAGCGCUGGGGGGACCUCAGAAUCAUCUGUUCAUUCCACUCAUUCAUGCAUUCAUUUCACAAAUACUAUUGACCAUUUCUUAUGAGCCAGUGCUAGCAGAUUCCAAAAUCACUUGAACACGUCUCUGGCCUCAGGAGGUAACAGUCCUGUGGUCUGGUUCCUUGCUGUCCAUACAGAACCACACUUUAUCUUGCUGGUAAAGACCCAUUCCCACCCUUUGCUCAGGGAUUCGGAUUCAGUAGGUCUGGGUCAGGGUCACGGACACGUAUUUUUAAAGCAGCCUGGGUCACUGAUGUGCAGUUAAUAGGUGAAAACCUAGCAUCAGGUGGAUGUGACUUGCCCUGGGACUGAUGCUUACAAGCUUGGCCUUGAGUGGAUUAUUUGACCUCACUGAACAUGUAUCCUUAUUUCUAAAACCAGAAUAAAAGGCAGAGGCGUGCCUGCGUUUGUGCA